UUCCGGUCCUGUUUUGUUCCGUCUCGAACCAGGAAGAUGGAUCUAAAAGCUUUGAGAUUGAUUAUUCCUUUAACCCUCUUUGUGGCGUAUAAAGGUGUUGGCUGCAGCUCCGUGCAGCAGAAGAUUUACGUGCAGCUGAAUAAAACUUUUCCCUGCGUCCGGUUGCUCAAUGCCACACACCAGAUCGGCUGCCAGUCUUCUGUUUCAGGUGACACUGGUGUUCUUCAUGUCUUGGAGACGGAGACAGACCUCGACUGGGUUCUCAGCUCAGGACCCAAUCCACCUUACGUUGUUCUGAUGGUUGCCGAACAUUUCAACAGGAGCACCAUGAUGAAGCUCAAGGGUUCUGCAAGGGUGGCAGGCGUUGCUGUGGUGAUUUCAAAGGCUGGCCCCGCACAGGGCUUCUCUCCGCAUCACUCCUGUCCGAACCAGAACUCCGGGGUUUACUCAGACAGCUAUGGUCCUGAGCUGGCAGGUUGUAAUGUCACGGUGUGGAACCCUUUGGGGAACAGCUUGUCUUAUGAGGACUUCAGGUUCCCUAUUUUCUCCCUGCACGAAGGGGAGGAGGCAGAUGUCAUUCGCAAGUGUUUCCUUGACCACAACCGGGGGGUGAAUGGCAGUGACCCAGCGUACCCACUGUGUGCCAUGCAGCUGGCCUCCCACAUGUAUGCAGUCAAAGACACUGCCACCUGCAUGCGACGGAAUGACAUCCAGUCCAGGUUUAGCAUCAGUCCAGAAUUUGUAUGUGACGCCCUGGCUGACUACAAUGUGUGGAGUUCAUUGAAGCCCCUGAAUAACUCAGGAAAGGGUCACCUUGAUGGCGAGAGUGUGGUCAUCGCAGCCACUCGGCUGGACAGCAGGUCUUUUUUCUGGAAUGAGGCUCCUGGAGGUGAGAGUGCUGUCGGGGGGUUUGUGACCCUGCUGGCUGCUGCCCAGGCUCUUCGUGCUGUUGUGGAGGACCAUCCACCUUCUCAAAACAUACUUUUCACCUUCUUCCAGGGGGAGACCUUUGACUACAUUGGCAGCUCUCGCAUGGUCUAUGACAUGGAGAAUGGGAAGUUUGUCAUUGACUUGGACAACAUUCACUCCCUAGUGGAGAUUGGACAGGUGGCGCUGCACAGAAAUGGUCAACUCUGGCUCCACUCUGAUCCUGUGUCCAGGAGGAACAGCAGUGUGAGAAGUGAGGUUGAGAAGCUCAUCAGCAACAUGAAGUCAACUGCCUUAAAUCUCAGUUUGUCAGUGGCUGAGCCAGACGUCUCUCAGCCACUGCCACCCUCCUCUUUCCAGCGCUUUCUUCGGGCACGGCCAAUCCCAGGGGUUGUGCUCACUGACCACAUGUCUGCUUUCAGUAACAGGUACUAUGAGAGUCUCUAUGAUGAUGCAGAAUACCUGAACGUCAGCUACCCUUCUGGUCUGAGUCCGGAAGAACAGCUGGAGUAUGUCACAGACACUGCCAAGACUUUGGCAGAAGUGGCUACGCUAGUGGCUCGGUCACUCUACAAGCAGGCUGGAGGUCUGGAUGACCACCUGUCUAGCAUCAACGCUGACCCCAAGAUUGUAACCCAGAUGCUCUACGGUUUCCUUGUUCAGUCCAACAACAGCUGGUUCCGGUCCUUGGUCAGUCCAGACAUUGUGAAGAACUUGGGACCCCAGCCUCCUCAGUAUUAUGUUGGCGUGCCCACCUCAGGAGACCCUGUUAAAAUGCCCACCUGGCUAGUUCAGUACGUACUUGCCAACUUUACAGGGACACUCAGGAACUUGACCCAGACUCAGUGCAAGAACCCUGAGGACCUGGAAGGAGAAAGCAAAGAUCUGUACAGCUACUUCUGGGUCCAGGGGCCGGUGCCCCCCAACAGUACGCAGGGUGAGGGGUACUGUGUGCGUGCACCUGUGCGCUUGGUCAAGGCCCACUCACCUGCCUUUGAGCUGCAUCAGUACAGCUCCCGGGAUUACUCUACAUGGACAGAGUCACGCUGGAAACAAAUCCAGGCACGGAUCUUCUUGGUCGCCAGUCGGGACCUGGAGAUGCUGACCCUUGGGGUUGGAGUAGCUGUUUUGCUCGUGUCUCUGGUGGUGACUUACUUCAUCAAUUCCAAGGCAGACCUGCUAUUCUCCAGCUCCAGAGAGACCACCAGUACAGCCUAUUGAGACCAUAGACUGACACAGUGACCAACUUCACACCAGAGAAAUGGGUGGAUGGGGAGGGUUGGGGUUGGGGAUACAUGUAUGAAAAUGUGGAUUGAGGCAUGGAAUUUGUGGGUUGAACUGGACUGAUGUUGAUAUGGCUAAUAUGAGUAAAGACUACUACCAAACUUUUACACAUCAGUUUUUUGGACCUGAUGGUCCUUGGCUUACAGAUGUUCUUUUUUUGUUAGGAAAAAAUCCUGUGUUGUUUACUUGCAUUUUAAGCACUAAGCUUGAUUUCAUCAGGGUGUUGAAAUUCACUUGUUGGCAAAAAUGUGUUUAUGUAUGUAUGUAUGUAUGAAUGUAUGUAUCAGUGCAAUAGAUUUUUUUUUUUUGUCUGUGCUACUCUUCUGAUUUUUAUUUCCUUUUUUCCUGACAGAAGCAUUAACAGUUGGUACCCUUAAAUGCUUUUUAGAACAAAUAACUUGCCCUGCAUCCCAUGGUCUCCUCACACAUUUUAAAAAGUAUUCAGAAUAUUGUUUCUCAAGAACAGAGUAACUUUACGAGGCAGACUGGAAAAGUAAAUGACAGUUCUGAUUUCUUUUGUGAAAGAUUCAAAUACUUGUACAAUUUCUGAAAAAAGUUGUACCUCAGUAUCAUUCUGAUAAAGGAGGGGUGUGGCAGCAACCUUUGUAAUUUAAUAAACAG